CUUUUCCGUAUCCGUUCGUCUGUCUGUCUGACUGACAAUCUGACAAAUAAAUUCUUUUCAAAUUCAAUACAAAAAUGGCUGCUGUGCAACCAAAUCCAAAUUUUGCAAAAAUGAUUUCGGCGCAGCUUCGUAAUAAAGCAAACCAUAACAAUCUUGCUGAUAUACUAGAGAUGUUUGAGGCUGAGACGGACAAUUAUACGCCCUUACUGCUUACUGUAGAAGUGAUAUUUACAAAACUGUUGCGAAGAGGCGAAUUAUUAGAGGGAAUAGUUCCACUUAAACCAGCAGACAAUAGUCCCGAAGCGCAGUACAAACGAUGGCUGCGCGAGUGCUUCGAGGCGGCCCAGACUCGCAUCUUGGAGUGCAUCCGCCGUGGUCGCAUGAGUUCCCGGCUGCAGGCUCUAGUCACCGCUUGCAAGCUCAUGCAGGCUGAAGGCAAGCACCCUCUGGAAGGUUCCUCUGGAUUUUAUUUCCCAUCAGUCAGACUCAAGAACAUAUUCAAUGUAUUGCUGGACCCUGAAAUAUCGAUGUCGGCACCGAUAGCUCGCUUCCAGGAAUUCACCGAGUACAAAGACGUACAGCAAUAUGGGCUGAAAGUACUCUCCACAAUCGCUUAUCGCAAAUCACCAACAUCAGUAUACAUGCAGAACUACUUGGAGUUGCUUGACAAACUGCUGGUAUGUGAGAUACCCACAGAGACCAAAAUCAAGGGCAAAGAGAGGGAUGACGAAGAAAAGGAAGAGAAACUUCUGUGUGGCACUGAAGACAAGGCCCCAUUCCCGUACAACCCGGGCGUGUGCCGGCGCUACGCCAACCGUUGCUGGGGCUUCGCGUGCCAGUGGCCGCUGUGCCACGACUCCCGCACGCACCGCCGCGCGCUGCUCCUGCUCGUCGAGCGACUCAUGCCGCUACUGAACCGACCGCAUCUCGCCACUGACAUGCUCUGCGACAGUCUGGAUGCUGGUGGUCCUAUCAGUAUGUUGGCCCUGCAAGGCGUGUUGGAGCUUGUGCGUCGUCACAACAUCGACUACCCCGACAUGUACGACCGCCUCUAUGCUAUGUUCGAGCCUGAGAUGUUCGCCACACGGUACAAACGACGACUCAUGCACCUCGCAGACAUCUUCCUCAGCUCCACCCACUUGCCAGAAAGUCUAGUAGCGGCGUUCGCGAAGCGUCUGUCUCGGCUGGCGCUGGUGGCGUCCCCUGAGGACGCGGUGGGACUGCUACAGCUCGUCGCCAACUUGUUGCUGCGCCAUCCCGCGCUCAAACGCAUGAUCUGCUAUGAAGACACGCCCGCUAUCAUGUCGAACGACCCGUACGUGAUGGAGGAGACGUGUGCGCGGUCGUCCCGUGCGCUGGGGUCGUCGCUGUGGGAGGUGUGGGCGCUGCGCGCCGACCGCGCCGCGCCGCUCGCGCUCACUGCGCCCGACCUCGCCGCGUCCUUCGAUGCCGAACUAAAGAAGAGGUUCAAGACGAUAGAGAUGAAUUUCGUCCGGCCACAAGGCAUGACUACGCCAUCUGGCGAACGAGUGAUGCAGUACUGGGAGCUGAUGGCCUGAAUGACACGCAGUAAGAAUAACAACACUGUUGACUCGCAUUUAUGGAUCACCCUACACGUGAGAGGACCACGCCGCCAAGCGGCACAGACUAAAUCAAACGUGAUGUGAUUUGCUCUGCCCCCUACUUGGUCGGUCGGACCAAAUCCUGUCGCCUGUAGGUCUACACAUUAAUUUCAGUACAGGCCCCUUUGCUUGCGAAUUUAGUUGAUGUCAGAGUUGUAAGGAUAGAUAUGACUAGAAUAGUGACUAUUAUUGCGUCUGGUUAUUAGAAAUAUUUUAUUAUUAUUGUAACUUUACAACUCUGUUGGAAUAAGCUUUCGAGACGUGUAUAUUUAUACUCUCCAGGACUAACCUCGUAUUAGGAAUGUACAGGUAAUCAAAGAUUAUAUCGAUAGGACAUCACUGGUAUUUGCAAACUUCCUCAAAUAGACAGUUGCCUACUUUCAGAUUGCUAGUUACAGAAUAAAAUAUAAAUAAAUAUAUUCGUCUUCCGGCAACCGUCGUCAAAAUUGCAUGAUCGACACAUACAUUGAUCAUUCAAUUUCGAUACAAGUGGUAUGGAGUACACGGCAGUAUAUAGCACUGCACUUUAUUUAUGUACACUCUAUAUGUUUCACUUAGUAUACGGACAGAACCGUACUAGGCCUAGCAGUGUAGCUAUUUUGUUGCUUACCACAUAUUUUACAAGUAAAUUGUUGAUAGUUAUAACUAAAAUGUAAGUAUAUACAUUAUACACUCUUUAUACAGUUUGUCUGUUUGAAACAAAGAUGUCGCGAUUUGGUCACAUUUUGAAAGUAUUGCCAGUGACCGCAACUCCACUUCCUAAAUACACAAGAUAUGAUAUAAUAGUAUAAAGUCUGUAAUUGUAAGGUUUUGAAUACAUUUUGCACUUGUAAUGUUAACAUUUUAAUGUAGGUGAUGUUUGUUGUACUUCUGUUACAAUUUUAUUUUUUUACGAAUGACUUCGAACGUCUGUGAUUGUUGGGCCGGGCGUCGGUAGCGAGCCACGUUUACAAGGUUAUUUAUUUAAAAGUAUAAUAGUCAGUAAAGUAAGUGUAUAUCCGCGUGGGUGUAGAUAGACUAGCGCUAAUACUGUAUCUACUCUUUGUAGGAGAGGUGAAUAGUAAUCUUUAUGAAUAAGUAAAUUAUGUCUGAUACUGUUUAUGUUUAAGUAUUAACUAACUUAUUGUGUAUAGUGUAACUUUACUAAAGGCUACUACCGACACCCGGGUGCGCGUGCGCCGCCCGAGCGUGCUCUGCUGGCGCCGCGCAUAGAUUGUUAUAGAAUAGCUCGUGAAUGUCACGUGUCAGGGUGGAUAGAGAAUUUAUCCCAAAUUAUGAAUUAUGAUUGCCAUGACAAAAUGAAUGAAAAUGGGAAAAUCUCGUUGAAAUUAAUAUAAUCCAUAAAGGCAAAAUGUCGAUCGAUAUGAACAUAGUCAAGAAUUAGCUCUAAAUAUAAUAAUUAAUCAGAAUAUCGAUCGAUUGAAGCUGCAAUUUGCAAGUUCUCUAAAAACAAACAGGGUGAUAUGACCAUGCUCCCCAGCAGGGGUAGGCAGCGGUGUACAGUAGACAGUGACAUAACAUAGUAUAUUUUUACACAAGUAGUGAAUUGGAUCACAUCUGACACGUGCAUUCUCUUGGAUCGCAGUGAUUGGUCCGUUAGAUAACUUACGUGCAUCGUCGCCGUCUUCCCGCACUAAACUAUUAUAGUUUCAUUCCAAUGCGAACUUCCUGAACUGUUGAACAUUUAUUAAAUAAGAAAUUUAUUUUU